GGGAUUUGAUAAUAGAACAAUCCCCGAUUAGAGAAUUUCUCCAACUCUAAAGUGAGAGAGAUGGCGGCGGCAGCUAAUGGCAGGGAAAGUGGUGGUGGAGCGGCGGGAGCACCGAAGAUCGUAUGGAACGAGGGAACGCGGAGGUUCGAGACGGAGGACAAGGAAGCUUAUCUGGAGUACGAGCUGAAGCACGGCGGCAGAACCAUGGACGUUCUCCACACCUACGUUCCGCCCAGCAAGCGCGGCCUCGGCAUCGCCGCUCUUCUCUCUGAAUCCGCCUUUUCUCACGCCAAGGCUCAUUCGCUCGCCGUAAUCCCGUCGUGCUCCUAUAUCUCCGAUACCUUUCUUCCUCGGAACCCUUCCUGGAAUUCCGUCCUGUACAGACCAGAUAUCAGAUCGCAGAUCUGAGGCGCAAAUCUGUCAAGGGAGGGCUGAAGGAACCAGAUUGCCUCAACAAAUUCGAGGACAAUGAUGACACUCAACACAAAAUGUUUGAGACAAAUUUUAAUUAUUUUCAAUGUUUGAGACAAAUGUUAAUUAUUUGCAAUGUUUGAGACUUGUUGAGGAUGUUUACCACCUGGCUCAAUGUUAGUAAAUAUGCGUAUUAUACUAACGUAUGUAUAAUAUGUGUUUUAUACUCACGUUUAGGAUUCAUGUUAUACUAUACGCUAAAAUACACUUAUUUUUAAAAGGGCCAUAUAAUACUCGUUUUUUUAACUUUUCUCAAUUUCACAUCAUCCCCUCCUUCGUUUUGUAUUCAAUUAUUUUCCACCUAUUAUACAUGCUCACUGGCCGGCUAAACUUUUGUACUGUAUGCCAGUAAUAUUUAUAUUUACACAAAGAUAAAUAUGGAGUAGUACUCUUUUCGUCAUGUAAAAAAUUUCAUUCGGAAAAAGACCAAAAUAGGACUAAAUAACAUAGCAAGGAUAAUGAAAUAAGUCCUUCAUA